GGGGCCUGAACGCCGACUGAGCCAGCGCUUCAUCCACCUAACCGGAGACUAGGAGCUCUUUUUUCAGCACCUUAAUUUUCGAUAUGCCUCCAAAGAAACCAGCGCAACCAGCGGCUAAUAAGAAAACCGACCAAAAGAAGAAGGAGAAAAUUAUCGAGGACAAGACUUUUGGAUUGAAGAAUAAGAAGGGAGCCAAACAGCAAAAAUUCAUCAAGGCUGUCACGCAACAAGUGAAGUAUGGCCAGCAGAACGCGCGACAGGUGGCUGCAGCUGAAGGAGAGAAGAACAAGAAGGCAGAUAAGAAGAAGGAACUUUCUGAAUUAAAUGAGCUCUUCAAGCCAGUAGUGGCAGCUCAGAAAAUCAGUAAAGGUAAGUUAUGUAUUGUUGUUUUGUUUUAUAUAUGUGAAAAAUGCCUGCAGGUGUGCAAAUACUUUCUUGAUGCUAUUGAGAGCAAUAAAUACGGCUGGUUUUGGGUUUGUCCUGGAGGAGGUGACGGCUGUAUGUACCGCCACGCUCUCCCACCUGGCUUUGUGCUCAAGAAAGACAAAAAGAAGGAAGAAAAGGAGGAGGAGAUUUCAUUAGAAGAGCUGAUCGAAAAUGAGCGAUCUGCCCUGGGACCAAAUGUUACGCGUAUCACUCUUGAAACAUUUUUGGCUUGGAAGAAAAGGAAAAGGCAAGAAAAGGUGGAUAAGGCAGAGAUGGAGAUGGAGAAAAGAAGAGCCGACUUCAAAGCUGGAAAAUCACUUGGGGUCAGUGGUCGUGAAGUGUUUGAAUUCCGACCUGAGCUGGUAGAUGAUGAUGAUGAAGAAGCUGAUGAUACUAAAUAUUCAAAGGCUGAUGGUGAUGAUCAAGAGGCUGAAGACACCCAGGAAGUGAAUGACAUUGACCUGACCAGGUUUAUUCCAAAAGAAGUAGAUAACACUGGAAUCACCGUGGCCUCCACAGACAGAUUUACAGCACUCUCUAAGCCAUUAAAGGAAACAGAUGACAAUAAGUUAAGCGAGGCUUCAGGCGGUGGUGAAGAAAAUGGGGAACACUCCCUUUCUGAAGGAGAGAGCCAGGAAGAGGAGGAAACGGAAGCAGUGCCUGUAGAUGAAAAUCUUUUCACAGGAGAGGACUUAGAUGAACUUGAAGAAGAGUUGAACACACUGGAUCUGGAAGAAUAAGAAUAGGACUUCUGGCUGCAUUUCAUGGACAACCUAUUGCUUGGAAUGUCAGUGUUUCACAACAAACAUCUUCAUGUUGGAAUUCUGCAGUCAUUUUCCCUACAAUCUGGAAGUUUUGGAAUUAAAGAGGAGUAGAUAAUGAGAACUUUUGCAAUUUCUAGUCUUUUUUUUCCCCCCUUUAGCUUAUUCAUAUUAAUAAUUUUACACAUGAGCAAUUCCUUAUUUUAAAAGCAGUCUAAGAUUAUGGUUUCUAAGGCACUGUUAGAGUUUGAUCAAUUGGUAUAUAUAUCAUUUCUUAUUAAUGACGAUUCUGAUCCAAGAUCUUAAAAUAUAUAAUUAUCUUAAAAUGCGAAUGGUUUUGUAUUGAAGCUAGAGCAAUUCUACCUAAAGUGUAGAAGUUUUUAUUUCUUGAACGGGGAAGUUUGAAAGUGUUGUGCCUUAGUUAUGUUAGCAAAAUUGAUUAAACUAUGUUUGAAAGAUCUUUGAUAAAAGCCUAAAACAAGUUAUUGUAAGGGGAAUGUUUACAGUAAUACAGCUGAAUAGUAAUUCUUAUUUUUGCUGACAUAAAAUUGAAGUUUGAUUGUUCAUUCUGGAGGCCAAAGGACUGUUUCAGCGGUACAACUGCAUACGUGUUUUUUGAAUCACAGAAGUACAUACCUCUAUCAUGAUGAUUACAUGUAGGUAUUUCUGUAAUUGUACAUUAAACGGGUCCUAAAAAUUAUAAACUAAAGCAUGUACACAGCAACAUUUUGUUGGCUUGUUGAAUUACCCAAAUGCUGUAGAAAUCUAUUUUUCUUUUGGAUUAAUUAAGAAAUUGUGAUGGACCGUAUCAGUAUACAAAAAUGUGUAGGUAAUAAAGGGAAAAUAAAGACCAUUGUUGCUUAGUUUCAGCCUGACUAUUCUUCCACUGCAAGCAGAACAUUUUAAAAAUGUGAAAUAAGCAGAUAAUUGAAAUGUGUAAUACAUUUGUCUCCUCUUGUAUUAAAUUGUUUUAAACUUCCCUUUCAUCAUUAUGCCAAGAAAAAUUGUAAAUAAAGGUUACCAGGUUUAAA